AUGGAUUCAAACUUGCGUUUUGGUAACCAAACAGUCGUUGAGCAAACGUCUUUGCCAAGUUUCGUCUACAUCUCACUUAUUGUCAUUAACCUUUUGGUGAUAACGACUUCAUUGGCCGGUAACUCUCUUUUAUUGUACACGUUUUAUAAAGUGAGGUCGUUAAGAAUGAUAUCAUCCUAUCUGGUGAUAAAUCUCGCUAUUGUUGACUUUCUUGUUGCCGCUUUAAUUUUGCCAACAAUAUUUGUAACACUUCUUACUAAAGGAUGGCAACUGGGCAGAGAAGUAUGCGUUGCUGCUGGCUUCUGUGAUGCUGUUCUUACUAAGGCCCAAGUAAUGGCGCUCCUGAACAUUGGUAUUAACAGAUAUAUUGCUGUGCAUUGUCCCACUUUUUAUUCAACUGCGAAGAACAGAAAAUUAUCAGAAAGGCUCGUCCUUAUUGGUUGGCUCUACUCACUAGUGUUGAGUCUGCCACCAAUUUUUGGUUCGGGAUCAUAUUCACAUAGAGAACAAAAACUGUUCUGUGGACUAGACAGGAGCUCAGCACGUCUGUAUGGGACAGUCGAUCUUGUAUUAGGUUUUGUCAUACCAAGCUUUGCAGGCCUGGUUAUAUACACGAAAGUUCUCUUGAGGGUUUUCAGACAUAUUCGAAAAGUCGCGUUUGACCUCAACGAUCAUCACCUCUCUGCGCAGAAAGUAUCAGCUGACAAAUUUGAUGAAGAAGAAAACAAUAGCAUAGCUGGAAGGAGGGAAGAAAAACUGGAAGAUACAAAAUCGCAAGCUCGCAUUAAUGCCAAUGAUGAAAAAUCAAGAAAAUUAACAGGCAUGAUAAACAAAGCAAGAAAGCAAAAGCAGAACCAACAGUUGAAUCAAAUAACAAAGGUUUUUCUUAUUAUAGUGUUUGCAUUUGCAAUUUGCUGGAUACCCAGAGGCGUUGCCAACAUUUGGGCAUUAAUAAGCGGUAGAGAGACAGUUCCUUUGUCACUUGAGAUCUGUUCGACUGUUUUGAUCUUUAGCACAUGCGCAGUAAAUCCAAUGGUAUAUGGAUAUUACCGGACGGACAUUCGACAAGGCUUCAGAACUGUUCUUUGUUGCUUUCGUUAA